AUGCAGUACAGUUGGCUGCCGCAGGAACGACGCCAGGUGAGGAUACGCGAGAAGCCGCCGUUGGUGAUAUCGCUGCAGCGCUAUGCGCGGCUGCAGGCUAAUGCCAACAAAGCGGCUGAGCAGCAGCGGCAAGAAAGCCAGAAGCAACGUCAGCUAAGCGAAGAGCAGGUGCGCCUGGGCGGCGAGGAGCUACUGCGUCGCUUUGCCGGACGCAAUCUCUGUGCCACGGAGCAGGAGCAAUGCCGUAGAGACCGGCUGCAGCAGCAGCAGGAAGAGCAAUUGGCGAAAGAACGAGCGCAAGAGGAGAGCAUUGCAGUGCAGCGCGAGGAGCAGCUUAGGCAGAAGCAACGCAUUGAGAAGGCGCAACAGCUGCUGGAACAACUGCGGCCGGGUCCACGUGAGCUGCACUGUGCCAAGCUGCAAAGCGAGGUGCUGCGCGGUAUCAUUGCUCAGCGGCAGCUGCAGACACAGUUUGCGGCAGCCAACGAGCAGCAGCAAGCGCUGGACAGACGCAUCUACAGCGAACAGGUGUUCAACGGGCUGGAGGAGGCGCAGUUGCGCCAACAACAGCGAAGCCAGCAGCUGGGCGAGCACAAGCGCGAGCUGCUCAAAUCCAUCGAGCAGCGUCAGCUGGAACGCAACGCCGAGAAAGCUGAGCAGCAGGAACUGGAACGUCUGGAGCGACAACGCAAUCAGCUGCAAGUGAAGCAGCAGCUGGAUAAGGAGCGCACGGAGCAGGCUGCCAAGGUGCAGCAGAGACGCCAGUACGCCUUGGCAUCGUUGGAGGCAGCUGAACACCAACGGAAGCAGCAGCAGCUGCUGGACAAGGUGGAGCUGGCGCUAUGUGAGGUGCACAACGAGGCCAAAGCCAGGCUGGACAACCUGAAGAUCGAUCUGGCCAAGCAGCGCGUACAGCGGCGACUGCAGCGCAACGCUCAGCUGGCACAGCAGCUAGCACCUCGGCUGCACUACAGCGCCAGCGAGGAUCAGCGACGCCACGAGCGACAGCUGGCAGAAAUGCGACGUGCGCAUAGUGUGGAGCAGCAGGAACAUCGCCAGCGGCGAGAGCAGUCCAAAGCGCAGCGCCUGGCCACGCAGCAAGUCGAACAGCAGCACGCCGAGGCCGCCAAGCAGCAGGCGAAGCUCGAGCACAGCGACGAUGUGGCUAGGCGAUUGGAAAACGAACGCAUUCACGUGCAGUUCAAGCGGCAGCAGCGCCAGGAGCAACUGCGACGCCAACACGAGCUGCGCGCCCAGCUAGACAAGCAGGAACAGCAGAGGCGCGACGAGCAGGCACGUCCGGCCACAAACUACAAUCGAUUGGCGCAGCUGGAAUGCCUGCGCGAAGAUGCUCGCUUCGUGGACUACGCACACCGACUGAUGGUCGAGGCGCAGACCAGGGGCUGUCCCCUGCAGCCCUUCAUGCGCGUCCUGGCGCAGUACAAGAGCGCGAAUCGCAUUGGCGCCGAGGUGCGUGUGCCAAGGCAUCUGAUUACCAAGUUGACCAUGGGUCGACGCACCAAAGGCGACAGCCCAGCGGCGAAGCAACAGAGCACGAGUGAGGAGGACGAGUACAACAAAAGAAUCGCGGAGACCCUCAAGAAAAUUGAAGCUCUCGUUUUGGAAGACGCCAAACCGAAAGACGAGAUCAAGAACAAACUUGAGGAAGCUUUACAAAAUAGUUCGGAACAAGCUUAA